AUGAAAAUGAAGCCUCCGAAGCUCCGCUCAGGUAUGAUUCCAAUUUUCGAGUUGCUCCUGGUAGUGUUCUUUUUUCGCAUUUCAUAAGGUAAUGUGCCGCGGGAUUAGACAAUAGCUUCGAAAAUGCAUCGUCUCUGAUUUCAUUAUUGCUUCCGAUAGGGAAAGUUACUCAUAUUAGGCUUCUAAAUGUUUUGUUAACAUCCCGAACAACUUAUUUUUUUUCUAUUGACGGUGUCCUUGUUUUCAGUCUGAAUUUCAGUUCAUUUUAUUAGUUUUUGAUUCAAAUAGUGUUUCAUAUAACUCAUAAAGUCAAGCGAAUAGAUUUUCAGUAACGUGUAUAACGAAAUUCUGUGAAAUAUUGAAUGGAAAACCAAAAAAAAAAAGAAACGAUUUUUGCGGAAUAUUUUGAAAAUGAGUCUGCGACGUGGCCACGUUUCACGCGUGGUAAAAGCUUUUUUCGUUUCUCCACUUGUAAUUUUAAAUAGAGUCUCAGCGACUAGUUUAAGAACAGUAAAGACACAAAGACUGUGUAGAGUAUAGUCUGUUCAGAUUUUAAUUGUCAAGCAGUUAGCUCCGCCCCUGAUGCCAUAGUACCUUUUCGCGUCGAUGUUUUAUCGCGCGGGAUGAUUUCUGAACUUUUUUUGAUCUAAAAAAAUAGAAAAAAAUAAGUUUAAAAAAAGACAGCCAUAUUAUAGCUGAUUCACGGCUGGCUUAAACCAUCGAGAAAAGGGCCCUGCCACGAAAAGAAAAGAGACAGUGCCUGGUUGGUGGAGAGCGCAGACAAGCCACGCCUUCUAGCGUCUCAAGUUAGCCAUGAAUCGGCUGUAAAGUUUCUUCCUCGGGCAAAGUCGGAAUGGUGAAAAUAGUUCUUUUAUCGAGCCUUUCAUUUUUUUGGGGAUUGAAAGGCUCGAGAAAUGGUGGAGAAAGAAAGAGGCAGCAAAAAUGGUGCAUAAAGGCUGAGAAAAUGGAGCAAAAAGGCAGCAUAAAAAAGAGUUUUUUACACCUAGGGUCCGCAAGCCAUUUCUUCAAAACGAUCCAAAAAAUAUGUUUUUUACACUGUUCGAUAGAGGAGACUGUCCAUUUUCAUAAUCCGUUUAGUUUUAGAAAAAAGCUCCACUAAGAAAAAAGUUAUGGCCAAAAAACUAGCGCGCGCGGCGUUCAACUGGAGGCAAAAUCUCACGGUUUACCCGCUGCCGCACGCUUUCUUUUUAAAUGUUUCUGCGCAUUUCUGAACCGUUUUUAAAUCGGUUAUCUGUUCUGAGAGGUUGUCAGAACUGAGCCUCAUGUUUUGGUAUGAAUCUUUUGUACAAUCCUUAUAAGAAUUUUUGAUAAAAUAUCAAAAAACUACUUAGAAAAAAGGUCAGAAGAAAUUUUCAGCUUAUUUUUCUUUUUUCUAAUCAGAAAAAUUAUUAUCAUUUAGUUUGGAAAAAAGAAAAAAUGAAAAAUAAUGUUAUUUCGAAAUAAAACAGGAAAAAUGUGCAUUUUGACUCCAAAAAAACGGCUCCUGCAACAUUUAAAAAGUGCGCAUCGGUGUGUUUGACGCAAACACAGCUACGAAUGUUUGCACGAAUUCUUCCAAAAUUUCGAAAAAAAUUGCCAUUUUUUUCGAGGUUUUUCAAAAGCCGUUUUUUUUCGCGUCGUUUGAUUUUUUUCAUAAUUUUUUUCAUUGAUAGAGUUUUGAACGCUUAAUAACAUAAUCAAAAAGUAUAGACGCGAUCCUAUUCUCUCAUGCGACAACGAGGCAGGCGAAAAAAGGAGGUUUUGGUAAAAUUCAAAUAUAAUUUGAUUCGCUGUCCCAAUAAUUAUUUUCAUUUUGAACUUUUGUUUGUGAGCACAUUGUGAGUUUUUAAAUCAAAUAAAAAGUAUACCAUGUCGCUGAAAAAUUUUUUUCGCUUUUUCAGCUUCAAAGUUUGGUGUCACUUUACAAGCUUCGAUUUUUCGCGUCGUUAGAUUUUUUUAAAAAUUUUUUUAUUCAAAAAAAUAAAGAAAGUGUUAAUGUAUAACAUAAUCAAAAUUCGGAAGCGUUCCUCACUUGGUUUUCAGAAACGCCACGAUUUUGUGAAACUCGUCAGUUUUUUUCGUGUUAAAUCUUACUUUUUCGUUGAUUUUUGAAAAAUACAUAGUUUAAAAGUUUUUCAGUCUUGUAGAGCGUUGUCGAUUACAUAGAUUAACAGAAACAAUUUAUUUUUAAAGUUGAACUUUAGCUAGUAUAAACGCAUCAAAACCGUUUUUGCAACAAAAAAAUCGUCAUUUUGGUGGCGUGAAGAGGCGGGGCUUUGCGCCCCCUAUUUACACCCUAAAAGUAACAUUUCUAUGGUCCUUUAUGGAUCCUCGGAGUGUCCUUCCGACUUUGCCUAUGCAUGCUCAAAUUAUGAAUAAUUGAACUUUUUUCAGAUAUUUUGCGGCUUUUUGAUCUAUCUUUUUUUGGGGAACCGUGGUGAUUCACUCGCAUGCUGAGCAGGGUCUCGCAUGCUGAGCAGGUGUCUCAACGGGUGUACCCGUAUUAAACCCGUGUUUCUGAGGUUAUUUUAGUCUCAGUUGGGCUAAAACGGGGGAACAACGGGUGUAAAAAAAAUAUGUAACCCAGCUGGGCUAAAGCGGGGUCUCAGUUGGGCUAAAAAGUGCCAAAAGUUCUAUCAGCUGGGCUUAUACGGGUUUAAUACAGGGGGCACCCGCGGGAGCCCCGUGUUAGCACGGCAGGGGUUACCCUGCUCAGCAUGCGAGGUAACCCCGCCGUGCUAACACGGGGUCUCCGCGGGUGCCCCCGUAUUAAACCCGUAUAAGCCCAGCUGAUAGAACUUUUGGCAUUUUUUAGCCCAACUGAGACCCCGCCUUAGCCCAGCUGGGUUACCUAUUUUUUCUUACACCCGUUGUUCCCCCGUUUUAGCCCAACUGAGAAAAUAACCUCAGAAACACGGGUUUAAUACGGGUACACCCGUUGAGACACCUGAUCAGCAUGCGAGCUUUUAACGUUCAAAGAUUUUUCAACCUGUUAUGUGAAACUUUUCUCUGGAAAAAAAAGGAAAAAACUGCGGAACUUAACCUUUUCCGAAUGUUUCGAUAAGAAAAGCUCAUCGGCCAAAAGAUUUUCAAUUUAACUUAUAUCGUUUUUCAGUCGCAGUUUGCUUGUUCUUCGUCGUCUCUCUCGAAUCUUCUUCCGUCUUGGUAUCUGCUAGAAAAGAGUUGAAAGCCGCGAGUAUUAAAAGAGGUCGGUUUUUUUUUUCGUCUCUUCUAAUUAUAUUAUUUUUCAGUGUUUUGUACUAAACCUGUCUUUGGCAUUGUCGACGAAACUUGUGGAUUAGAAUUUUGCAAUUGCUUGAGAGAUGAGAUCGUCCUAAAAAAUCAUCCUGGUGGCGGCGCCAAUAAAGGAGCUGCUCUCGCAGUAACAUUGCUUACUUCCUCUAGAAUCGUACUAGAAGACAACAGGGACGUUAUCAAUUUUGAGCAGUUAGAAGAAAUUUCGUUCAACGCAUCAGAUUCUCAGGAAUUUCCAGGUUUUUUUUAAUCGCGAAUUCGUUUUUUUUUUCAGUGGUUAAUGUUACCGAUUGGAAAAAGUAACCACACUAUGAUCAGUUUGGAUCUUAAGGAAGGCUUAUUUAAGCGUGAAAACUUUCUGACAGUAAUUAAUUUUUGGCCGGUGAGCCGUGUGCGUUCGCAGUUCUUGGCACGUGUUCAAUUCAACCGCCAUCUACUCUUUGAAAAUCCCGUUUUUCGCUUUUUCCAUUCCUUUUUCAGUUAUUCAUUAAUUAUGUUCAUGUGUGCAUCAAAAAAUGAUAGAAAACAUUGAAAAAGAGCGGUUGCCUAGUUUUUUAAAUAGUCGGCGACAAUUGAAUUGAAUUCGUGCCAAGAACCGCGAACGCACACGCUACGCGUAACGCCCUUGCCCCGCCUCCUUCGCCUUUCAAGUCGGGAAACAUUGACUAUAAAAAGUUAGGAUUUUCUAAUAAUCGAGGUUAUUUGUAUUUUCAUGUUAGAUAGCUUUUUCUUACUUUCUCGAUUAGCUCUUUUUUAUAGCUAAAAAAAUUUUUUUCAUCACGAGCUAAUUACAGAGGCUCUAAUUCGCAUCAGACGUUCUAAUGUCACCGAAUGGUCGUUUAAAGCGGUGAAGUUCAUCAAGAUCAGUCCGUUGAAGCCGUACUGUAUAAAAGGAACCAUCUUCGAUAUAGACUAUAUGCACCCCAAACCGUUGAAAGUUUUGCAAGACCUCGAAAAGGUUUGAAGACUUCAAGGAAGGUUCCAUCUCUCGAAUUUGCAUUUUCAGAAGGUGUUGGAGCCUUGCGCUGCUUUGAUGGCGACACCACCUCCACCGACUCCUCCGCCUUGCCCUGCACCGCCUCCUUGUCCGACUUGUAAUGGACCGUCAUCCGCACCGCGGCCAGGACCCAACGGCACGAUCGUUCAGGGAGCGCCUUUGUCGUCUCAUUACAGCGAGACGGACGAGUCGGAAAAAGAGUGUAAUUGCACUUGUAAGAAUUUUUCUUAUUUGAAAGAUGAUUUCGAACAGACCAAGUAGACUAAAAAAAAGCAGGCAUCAAAUUUUAAUAUGUUGGAGGAAAUUUUUUUAGGUUUUUACUUAUACUGUGAAAGAUAUUUCUGUAAGUAUUUAUAAGAUUUUUUUGAAUUUUUCUGAUUAUAUUCUCAAGCAAUAAAGUUCAAAAAAAGAUUUUUUUCAAAAAUAUUGAGAGAUGCUUUAAAAAAAGUUACCCAAGUUUCGCAAAAAAAUUCAGUUAUAUUGGUUGUAAAAAUUGACACUAAAAAGAAAAAUAAAUUCACUUAUCGAUUUUAAGCCAAUAAAAAGAAUUCUUAUAAGGGUAAUAAAAAAAUUUAGUUCGUAAGUUGUGCUGACGAAUUCAUAUUUUCAAUCUGGAACAUUAAAAAAAGUUUUUCAAUUCAGUACAUCUAGUUAAACUACUGGAUAUCUGAAGUCAAAAGCUUCAUACCAAAAAAAAAUUCCUGCUGAAAUUAGGCUAGCUUCUACUGAGUUUAUAUUUUGAUAACUGUGACAUUUUCUUGUUAGACUCAUUUCAGUUCAAUUUCUCGGUGAGCUAGGGAUGAAUUUACUGAAUUUCGUCCUAAGAAUAUUGUAAACGUUGCAGCUUCUCUCGUCAAGGGGGCCUUGAUCGCCUCAGGCGUGUGGGUCUUGCUCAUAAGCCUGGUUAUACUCUUCCUGUUGCUUAUAAGAGGGCCAAAAAGAGAAGAAAAUGGAGAAGAAAUGAAGAAAGCCGAAACGGUGGGUUUUCUCAGAAUUUUGGGAGCGAAUACUAUGUUAUUGUGAAAAUUCAGUAUCUACCUUUCGGCAAGUUAUUAUUUUAUUAUUUCUUUUUCAGUCUAUUUUAGUGAUUUUUCAUUUGUUUGCAAGGUUUUCUUCUCGGUAGAGAAAGUAAUGAUAUUAAUUUGUUUACUGGUUCCUUCCACUGAUUAACUAAGUUCGGACAUUUGCAAGAAGUGAUAUUUUAAAUUUUGUAGUGACGAGUUUAUAAUCGCUGAUAAUAACCUGAUUAAAUUUAGAAAAGUUAAAAAUCUAAAGUUUUUUUCCUUUCCGUGUAGCAAAGUUUUCUCUUCGACCACCUUUCCAAUUUUUUUUUAGGUUUCUGGACCGCAGUCUAGCGCUCCGAAAGUGGUUGGCGGGGGGUUAGUCGAUAAGGAGCUCACGGAAAUUGCCGAUGCCUGUGAGUUCUUUCUUUCAUGAAAGAAGAACGGACCUUUUUUUAAACAUUUUGGAGUGUCUAGAAAAAUCAUUUUUCUUAUGAGAUGAUGCUUCAAAUAAUAAUAAUAAGUCUCAUCUUUUUUUUUUAAAGAAACUUUCUAUUUUUAUUUUUAUUUUUUGAAACUUUGGAAAAGACACUUCCGAGUAAACAACUUUGAGAACUCUUCUAGUUUUUCGUUUCAAUUUUCAAAUCCUCAUAUUUUCAAAUGAACAAAAGUUUCGAGUUUCACGAAUCAUUUUUUCCAUUUCCAGGUGAGUACAUCACCUACAUAGUCCACCAAGUUGUUAACAAUUUUAUCAAGGAUCACGCGAAAUUCCGUAUGUUUUCAAGUUUUUUUUUCCGGUUUUUUGAAAAAGUUUUUGUUCAGUUACGGAUUUGAGCGACAUGGAAAAAUUCUACGAUCAACUUGAAGGUUGGAUUUUUCUCGUUCCGUUCCGGACAGAACACAGAACGCUCGUGACUUCGAUUAGCCGAAGAAAAUUUGAAAAAAUAGCCUUAUCAUGUCUAAAAUAGUUGUUCUUUUUCAAAGAAAGUUUCGAACAAAGAGAAAGUUCAGUCAAACUUCAAGGUCGAACUAACAGUCGUUCUCAACGAAAGCUUUAGGAUCUUUACCGAACGGAGAAUUUAGAAAAAUUGCUCUAUUCUUGUUGUUUCUGGUUUACUAAAAACUUCAAAAAAUAAAACAUGUGAUUUGUUUGUAAGUUUUGAAAUUUUCAGCGCAAACUUGGCGUGAAGAAAACUAUAAACCUUUUGGGAGAAGACAAAAGCUGUUGGACGAAGGCCUGAGUCUUGAACUAAUGGACAUCAAAGAUUUGGAUACCUACCAGCCGUACACGGAAUAUUUUCUUCACGUGGAAGACUUCGAGCAGUUGCAUUGGCCGUUGGAUUACUUCGACGACAUCGCAGUGAAGAAAAGCGACACGGUCACGAUUCUCGAGCCACACAAAGGAUCCGCGCCGAAGGAAAAGAAGGCCAAAAGCGGGGCCAACGAAGGCAGAAAGACGGCUGGGAAGGAUGUCAAGAAGGCGUCGAAAGAGAAGACGAAGAGCGCUGGAGCAAAGCCCGGAGCAAAGCCCGGAGCAAAGCCCGAAUCAAAGCCCGGAGCAAAGCCCGAAUCAAAGCCCGGAGCAAAGCCCGAAUCAAAGCCCGGAGCAAAGCCCGAAUCAAAGCCCGGAGCAAAGCCCGGAGCAAAGCCCGAAUCAAAGCCCGGAGCAAAGCCCGAAUCAAAGCCCGGAGCAGAGGCCGAAGCAGAGGCCGAAGCAAAGCCCGGAUCAAAGCUCUACGUAGCUCCGCUCCCUUUGGAGCUGAGAAAGUAUCGCUCCUUCUCGAUGGGCAUUUUGUGUAUUAAAAUGGACGAGCCAAUGGCGAUAAAAGCCCGUGACGAGCGCUACGAAAUUACGCGUAAUAUGCAAGAGAAUUACAGUAAAUGGAAAGACGCAAGCCCUAAACCAGAAGAAGAGAAAAUUGCCAAAGCUUGUGAGUUUCCUCUUUGGGAAGAACUUUGAACUUGAUCUAUGUCUCAAAGAAAUUGCAAAAAUAAUCCUUUAUUUUUUUAUAAGACAAACAUUUUUUUCAGUAGUUUGAGGAACGUCUUGCAAUAUCUAGAUUAACAUUCGGAAAGUUCAACCCGCACAAAUUCCUAAUUGCUUAGAGAAGGAUUCAAAACUAAAAAAUUAUAGUUUUCUUGUAUAAAUACAAAAGUGCAUUAUUCCUUACGGAAAUGGCUCUAGUUGAAAACGGACAAAAGAAUUAUCAACAUAAAAGUUUUUUUAGCUUUUAUUUUAUUUUCUUAUUCAAAAAAUUUGAGGAAACACUUUUUUUGAUGUUUUAAUGUUUUAGAGGAAAAAAUCGGAGUUGGUUCGGAGAAGUUUGACCUGGGUUUUUCAGGGUUAAUGUUGGGAGUAGUCGAUCGCCUCAUGACCAAGACCACCGAGAUCACAAAAAAAAUGCGGAAUAGUGAGUUACAGUUUUCCUUUUGAAACAAUUUCAUUCUCCAUUCGCCACAACUUGAAUAAGUUAAAAGUCUCGGCGAAGGUCUGAUAUUUUCAUAUUUUUUCCUGUUCAUGGACGAGAACUUUCGAAACCGCCAUCCUAAGGCUAAAAUCGAAGUGAAAGCUGGAUUUCCACACGGCCAGUUGCGCGCGAAAAUGAAAUGAAAUAGGUCGCGCUUUUUGAAAAGUAGGUCUUAGGGGUGGACCCAUCCAGCAGAAGUAGCUUUAAUAAAUAGUUUUUCAAAAUAUUUGUGAGUCGAAUCCUUCUCCCGCCGAUGAGAGAGAAGAGACAGGUCAGAUCAUUCUAAGUCGUGGCGAAAAAUACGAGCUUCAGGCUACGUAUAUUGCGAUGAUCCGUUUUUCAUUAGAUUCCGAAUUUCAGAUUUCCAAAAAAUCGUCUUCGCAGUGUGUCGAGAGAGUAUGGCUGAAAUCAAGGAAAAAGAUCAGGUGAACAACCUUGCGGCCUACUCGAAAGGCAAUGACGCUGCCGGAACUCUCAAGGAUUUGCACUGUGAGCGGCUCAUUUUUUUUUAUCUUUUGAAGACUUUCAUUUCAAUAGAGAGUAUAAAAAAAGACAGACCUCAGCCUAAUUAUAGUCUAGACAUUUAGGGGCGAUUUGAAAUAUAAAUUCAAUUUGAAUGAGAAGCUAGUUUUCCAAGAUAAUAUUUAGUUGAAUGCGUAGAAUAGCCUUUAAUGAAAGAAAAAUAUUUAAAAGGAAAAAUAAAAAAACAGAAAAAAAAGGGACAUGGCUUUAUGACCUUCGUGUUUUCGCAUCUUCGCUCCAAGACCUGUGUUAUGGAAGUAUACGGUAUUUUGGCUAAAAUAAAAACAUGAACCCGGGAAUAUUCUUGAAAAUGAUCACCAUCUCAAAAUUUUUUUGAUGUUUUCCUAAGAUCCUCCAAACCCGAACGAGUUUACUCAUUCCGAUUUAACAUAUUUUUAAUCAUAAAGCUUCUUUCUUGAAGAAACCCGAACCACUCCUUACAUAAUAAUAAUAAUAAUAAUAAUAAUAAUAAUAAUAAUAAUAAUAAUAAUAAUAAUAAUAUUAUUUAUUUACAGGCAGAACAAAAAUACAUGAAAAUUAAUUUUCAAGUUUAGCGCAUUUCACUACGACUUGAAAAAAAGUGUAACCUAUCUAUUCCCUCUUUUCGCUCACUGGUGAGGUAUAAGGAGCAUUUAAAAGCCAGAGAGUCAUCGAGAAUUAGAAUUUUUCAAGUUUUUAUUGAAUAUCCAAGUCCUCCGAAAGCUAAAAAAGCACUGAUCAUCUAAAAAUAAUAUAAGUUAGGCGUUGAAAGUGAUUAAUUGGAAAGAAACCAACGAAUACCUUUCAUUUCAGGUUUCGUUGGCAUCUUCGAUAUCCUUAUGUCCGAGUCCCAGACGGAUGAAAAAGACUCCGAACUCAAAACGUAUCUCCUUCAGAACGAAUACGAACGCUACCUCGAGUUGCUUUAUAUGGGCCUGGAUUACAAAAAAAUGAAAGGACGUGAGUGGUUCUUGGAAACAAUUUGAUAAGAGUUCAAUGAGCCUCGGUGAACUUGACUUGCGAAAACUUUCAAAAUUAGACCUUAAACUAGACGUUUCAACCUCGGGGAGGUUGUUUUAAAAGAAGAAAGUUUGAUUUAAAGCUUAGCAAGAUGGAGGGUUUGAGGUAUUUGUACAUAGAUCUUUCAAAAAGGUCAGUACUCUAUACUGGUCCGAGUUCUGACCCCGGUGAUCAUGCUUUUUUUUGAAAUAAUCUUUCUUGUUUAUUAUUCUUCCGUAAUGGAAGUUUUAAUUUCCAUGAGAGAUUCCAUGAGUCCAAAAAGUUAAAAAAAUUUGAUAAAAAUUUAAGAGAAAAAAACAAAAAUAUGAAUUUAAAUCAUUCAAUUUUUUUGAUUCAUAAUUUUUGUAAAUUUCGAAGUAGAUCGUUAGAGUUGCAGCUCUGCAAGAUGGCCUUUAUAGUUGUUAACUACAUUUUUCAAAAACUUAACAAAAAAGAUUUAUCUCAGAUUUAAUUUACACCAAGCCGACGCCGAAGAGAUGGGAAAGAGUUUUGGACACGUGUUUCCGUAUGAACGGUAAGCUUUUUUUUCUCGUCUUACAAGGCACCUUGGUUGAAUCUUUGGUCGAACUUUGCUGAAGUGUACAAGAGGGAUUCUCGAAAAAGUUGAAAAUUACUCGCAAUGAAUCUUGAUAUCUUUUGAAGUUCGCAAAGUUAAAAAAAUCAUGAGAAAGGCAGUAUUUGAGAAUUUCGAAGCUUGAUAUAGUCUUUUCAGAUUUUGAAUGUCAAGCUGUUGCUCAAGCUCUGCCCCUAAUGGUGCGAUAAACCAAUCAGAGAGCGAGCCAACCACAGAGUGUUUUUGAGUGACGUCAUUGCCCUUGACAUUAAAAAUCUGAACAGACUAUAACUUGCGAGAAUUUCCAAACUAUGUCCAACAAGAUUCCCUUGCCAGUCUUAUUUGUAGAGAGUGGAAUAAUUUUGCUCGAUGAAAUAGCUGAUUCACGGCUGGCUUGAGCCAUCGAAAAAAGGGUCCUGACACGGUAACGCACGAGAUAGCGCCUGGCUCGUGGAGAGCGCAGACAAGACACGCCCCCUUAGUGUCCCAAGCUAGCCGUGAAUCAGCUAUAGAGCUCUCCAAAAUGCCCAGACGUGUUGAAUAUUCUGACCUUCAUCUCGUUUAGCGAUCUUGAAAUGACCUUUCGCUAAAAGUAAAUCGGUUCGUCGUUCGAACGGUCAUUUUGGAGAAACGAUGCUACUAGAUGUCGUCAAAAAAAUUGAUUUUUCCCCUCUUUCAGAUCUUGAGUUGAAGUACGACUACGUGGCGUCUAUGGUGGACGAGUUCAUCAAGCGCAGAAAGUUGAAAGUGGUCCGCAAGAAGGUCGUACCUAAGGCAAUAAAGCCGAAACCCACACCUCCCAACGAGAUGCUUUCAUUAGGAAGGCUUGUUUUCCCGAAGAUGCCAUUUGGAGUGAGUUUUGUGACCAAGACUUUUCUCGUUCUGAAACAUGCUCCGUUUCUCAGAAAAUAUUCGAAAUAAAAAUUCAACUAAAAAUCAAAAUGCUCGGGCCUUGGUAAUGCAAACCGGACGCGCCCUAGCGGCGUCAGCACUCUCAAGUGAACCCCAGAAAUGCUCAGAGCCGUUCAGGGCGCGUCCAUUUUCUGUUAUCGAGGUCCGAGAAGUCUACCAUUUGUCCGUGGAGCACACAAUUCCACUAAAUUAUAAAUACGACAGAGUUAUUCAGGAACCUAUUAAAAAGCCCACUAAAGAGGAAUACGAACAGCUGAAACUGCGACCAGUACCCAUCACCAGCAUGAUAAAUGAACGUCCCGAAAUGGUAAGCAUACUUUUUUAUUUUAUUUUUUUCGAAUGACAACUAAAUAUUAAUGAAAAGUUGAAAGGCUAUACCACCUUUAAAUGUUUUUCAUCCGUACUCAGGCGAAUCCUGGGAAGGUAACCAGCAGGAGUUUGGAAGGUGUAUGGAAGCUAGAAGGCCUUAGAAAAGCCUUUCGAAGGUGUUCGGAAGGUAGAUGGAAGGUGAAAAUGGAAAAUGCCUGCGUGCUGGAAAGCUUCGGGAAGGCAUCCGGCAGGCUUUUUUUUUCUAAAGAGAGCUGUUUGGAAGCUAUGUGGAAGGCGUUCUACAACUUGCUGAAAAGCUUCCAAACGCCUUGCGAGGAACCGAAAGCAGAUCUUCUCAACUUUUACCUGAUUAUCUCAACCCGAAAGUCUAUUUUGGUCUGACGUUUUUUAGAUCAAAGGAACCUCUUUUUUUCAAACUUAAGCGCGUGUAGAAGUCCCUAGAAAAUCUUCACAUAUUUAAUUUUUAUCCUCUUCCAAACACGAGUGGUUGCACCAAUCGUUUGAAAAAAAACGAGAUCUCUGAAAUUUUAACAGACAAAAAAAAGUUUUUUUUUUCAGUUUAAAAACAAGAAGAAGGCGCCCAAGCCGAGUGAACCCAAGACUUCUGGCGAGACAUCUUCUACGAGCGAUGCGAACAAUGUGAAAACCCCUGGAAAGACCCUCAGCCAUCCAUUCGAUUGCUCGGGUCUGAAAGAUCUCAUAAAAAAGACGCCUGAAUGUGAGAACAAGUCGGUCAUCGACUCCAAGGAGGACAAACCCUGA